UUUUGUUGCUUGGUAUUGACAGAUGGAUCAGCUGGCUAGUAGUGUUAAAUCAGAACUCAUGACGAGCACAGGGAAGCGUCCGAUUUGCAUGAUAGAAGUUGAUGCACUGGUUAAUAAGUGUGUCAAAAGAAGGAGGAGGGAUACAUCUACGGGUGUUUCAGCAACAGUUAAUAAUGCGGAUCAACAACAGAAGACACAGCCUAACCCUCAAUCUAGUGCUACCACUACCACUACUGUCAAAAGAAGUUCCAGAUUUCGCGGAGUCAGCAGGCAUAGAUGGACAGGUAGAUAUGAAGCUCAUUUAUGGGACAAAGGGUCUUGGAAUCCAACACAGAGGAAGAAGGGGAAACAAGUUUAUCUGGGCGCUUAUGAUGAGGAAGAAUCCGCGGCAAGAGCUUAUGACCUUGCAGCACUCAAGUACUGGGGAACAUCAACUUUUACAAAUUUUCCGGUGUCUGAUUAUGAGAGCGAAAUUGAUCUAAUGAACACACUAACAAAGGAAGAAUACUUGGCCUCUCUAAGAAGAAGAAGCAGUGGCUUUUCAAGAGGUGUAUCCAAGUAUAGAGGAGUUGCAAGGCACCAUCACAACGGGAGAUGGGAAGCAAGGAUUGGAAGAGUGUUUGGAAACAAGUACCUGUACCUUGGCACUUACGGCACUCAAGAAGAGGCAGCUCAUGCCUAUGAUAUUGCAGCGAUAGAAUACAGAGGCAUAAACGCCGUGACCAACUUUGACUUGAGCACAUACAUAAGAUGGCUCAGACCAGGACCCAAUGCACUUGUUGCUGAUUCUCAAGAACAACAAAAACCAAAUAUUGUAGACUUCAACAGCAACAUUCCAAGCAAGGAAGAGAAACAGAUGCCAAUAUUUAGUCCGAAUAACUCAUUUGCGGUAGAGGACAUUGACACCAUAAGAACUAGGGACAUUUUCCAAAUACAGAACACUAUGCCCCCUAUCAGUCCUAGUUGCACUCCUAAGUCAUCUAACUCCCCAACUGCACUAAGCCUCCUCCUCAAAUCCUCCAUAUUCAAAGAGCUGGUGGAGAAGAAUAUGACUGAUGAAAACGAAGAAAGUGACGAUGAGAAGAGUCAUGUAGUAAAAAACUUGCUCCCGCAGGCCAACAGUACUGAAAAUCUGAAGAGAAUUUUGUUUGAAGGGAUUCACAACAUCCCAUUUUCGUGUUCUUCCAACACUGAUACAUUGCCUGCUUUAGAGUCCCCGGAGAAGAACAUGCGACCGUUAUGGAAUAAUGGUGCCAUGAACAUGUUCUCUUCAGCUGAUUUUAACUGAUUGACUUGAAAUAAGUUACAAGAUCAGCACUUUUGGGGGUUGAUCAUGUGCUUAUGUCCAAGAACGAAUCUUUUGGAGUUUAAGAUUAAGCAUUUUUAGUUUAAUUACUAGGAAACUCUUGCGAGCUAGAUACCUUUGUCUUCUU